CUUUGCGGCCAUUACUGCGCAGGCGCGCUGCGGGAGAUUAGGCGGUGGAGAUUGAAGCAGGCCCGAGUGAAGGUCCCUCGCGAGGAGGACGAGGAGGGAGGAGGCGGCCAUGCCGAUCGAGGUGGAGCGCAAGUUCCAGGUGCGGGAGGACACGGUCCAGAGGCUGCGGGGUCUGGGCGCGCUCUGCCUAGGCACCAGCCACCUCGAGGACCGCUACUUCGACACGGAGGACCUGCGGCUGACCCUGUCCGACUGCUGGCUGAGACGGCGAGACGGCUGCUGGCAGCUGAAGAGCCCGGCGGGCGCCGGGACGGGUCCGCUCACCCAGUACCGGGAGACCGAGUCGGAGGCCGAGAUCCUGGCGCUGCUGGGCCGGGUGCUGGGGCCCGGCGCUGGCGGGCACGGGGGUCCGGGGGAGCUGCUGGGCACGGCCGGCACACUGGGAGCCCCCCUCCUGCUGGAAUUCGCCGUCCUGGUGACCGAGCGCACGGCCUACCGGCUGGAGGGGGGCCUGAGGGUGGACCUGGACCGGGCGGACUUCGGACACCGGCUGGGGGAGAUCGAGGCGCUGGUGGGCGGCGAGGGGGAGAUCCCCGGAGCUCUGGACCGCAUCCGGGAGCUGGCGGCGAAGCUGGGCCUUGAAGAUGGAGAGCAGCAACCAGGCAAAAUGCACGUCUACCUCCAGAGGUACCGUCCGCACCACUUCCAGAAGCUUCUAGAUGCGGGGGUUCUGCGGCCGGAGGGAGUGAAGCAGUGAAGCCUGUUUCUCAGCCCAACAAAUGCCCCGUGUUCCAACAGCGCGGUUCGCUCGCUCUGGACAUCGCAUCUGAUUGGUGCGCAACUCCCAUGAAGACAGCCCAUAAAGCUCUCACUCAGCACUGACCCUCCGACAGUGCGGCUCUCCCUCAGCACUGACCAUCCGACAGUGCGGCACUCCCUCAGCACUGACCCUCCGACAGUGCAGCACUCCCUCAGCACUGACCCUCCGACAGUGCGGCUCUCCCUCAGCACUGACCCUCCGACAGUGCGGCUCUCCCUCAGCACUGACCAUCCGACAGUGCGGCUCUCCCUCAGGACUCGGUGUACCGGGGUUCGUUCUCAGUGAGAUUGUUGUGUGGCUUCUUUAUCUGGUUUCUGAAGGAGGGAAUGAAGAGCAAUUUCUGAUAGUUUGAUCGACUGACCUCCCUUGUAAACAUUUCAAAGCUCAAUAAAGCAGUAGUUAUA